AAGAAUUACCUUAUUGUACAACUUUAUUACAUCGAUCAUCCAAAAGAAAAAAAUAUUAUAUUCAUCGGCUAUCUAAUGGAAAUAUUGACCGUGGGGAUAUAAUUCAAAAAAAUUGUCCAGUAAAAUUUUACAAAUUUAUUCCACGGGAUCUUGAAGCAUGCCCGUUUGUUGCAAUAGUAUGUGUUGGGACACAUAACCAUCCACCUCCACCUCCAGAAAAAAUACCUGCUGAUAUUAAGUUAAAUCUUCAAACCUUGAUUACUCAAGCAAUUGAGGAUAAUAAUAUUAUUACUCCACACUAUAUUCAAUCAAGUAAUUUAAUACAGGCUUAUUUUAAAUCUGAAACACUUUCAGAAAUUCAUCAGUCAUUAAAUAGC